GGCGAUGCCAUGUCAUUUUCCAUUUCUCGUCAUCUCGAUCAUGGUCCACAAGCGAAAGGCCGCAUCGACGCCUACCUCUCCUACGAAGCGAGUCACUCGUAGCUCUACGAGAGCCACUACUGCACCAACCGCCCCCACGCCCGCUAAGAUGAAACGUGCGACCGGAUCGACGAAGCCGCUAAACGUUCCGAAGGCAAACAAGAAGGCCAUUGGGAUCAAGAAAUCCAUGCCGACAAUGCAGGCGACAGUGAACAAGUCGGCAUUUGCAAAUUUGACUUCGCCUUGGACGAAUAUCACAUUUGGAGGGUUCGCUUCAGCAACCCCGUCGUUCGGAGGUAUCCCUGGAACAACUACGUCAUUCGGACUUGGUGUUUCGGGGCAACAAGGUUGCGCGUUGCAUCCGUUUGGAUCGUUCACGACGCCAUGUUCAAGUGGAUUCAACUUUGGAGCACCGAAUAUCCCGGCUGUGACUCCGUCCAAGCCCGUUGGCCGCCAGUUGGAUGAGAUUUAUAUGCGUGUCGGAUCGCCACAUCAUACGGUAGUGGGGGAUUACGACGUCAUGCUGAACCAAGUGUCGAUCACGGCAUCGACGAGCAAGAACAAGUUUUACCGCAUUCAGCUCGUGCAAGUGGCUCCACAGCGAUGGGAUGUCUACAGUCGAUGGGGGCGCGUCGGAGAAGAUGGCAAUGUCAAGCUCUGGGGUCCUUGGAAUACGCUUGAAGAUGCUGAGAGAUGCUUUUGCAAGAAGUUUGAAGACAAAUCCAAAAACAAGUGGGAAGACCGCGCCAACUUUGUGCCCAAGAAGGGCGCGUACGAGAUCGUCGAGCUAGACGACAGGGAUGCUGCGGCCACUGAUGCGUCCCCGAAAGUUAUCGGCGACGACUCGAUACCGUCGCAACUUGCACCCCCGACCCAGAAACUCAUUCACAUGAUCUUCGACAAGGACAUGUUUCGGAACGAGCUCGUUCGCAUGAACUUGGACCCGAAGCGCAUGCCACUUGGCACCCUCAGCAUCAACCAAAUUCAAAAAGGCGUGGCAGUUCUUGACUCUAUCCGAGACGCCCUCGAAGCAGGUCAAACGUCCACAAGCUUCUUUCAAACGCUGUCGGCCAAGUUCUAUCAGCUCAUUCCACAUGCGUACUCUCGAUCCACGAUACCGCCAGUCCUCAAGACAAGUUCCCAAGUCGAGGAGAAGUACGACAUGCUGUCGACGCUCCAUGACAUUGUCGUCGCCCAAGAUGUUGAGAAGUCUUUGGGGGCCGGCGCCCCCGCGGCCAAGAACUGUUUGGACUUAAAGUACGCCGAGCUCAACAGCAACCUGGACUUGGUGACGGAAUCGGACACGAUGCACGAAGUCAUCAUGCAGUAUAUUGCCAACUCACGACGCAUUGGAGGGACGAUGGACGUCCAGCACAUUUGGGCUGUUCGGAGAAACCCUGAAGAGUCGUCUUUCUCAAAAUUCGCCAGCACGCCCAACCACCGACUUUUGUGGCAUGGUACAAAUGUGGCCGUUGUGGCCGCAAUCCUCAAGUCCGGUCUUCGAAUCAUGCCGUCGUCCGGCGGUCGCGUCGGGAAAGGCAUAUAUCUUGCGAACAUGCUGGAAAAAUCCCAAUCGUACGUUCGAAGCACUCGGGUGGACGGGGGCAACAUUGGGUGUUUGUUUUUGGUCGAAGCCGCCAUGGGAACGAUGCAUGAAAUCCACCAGGACGAUUCAAGGCUGACCAAAGCUCCGGCCGGAUUUGACUCAGUGCUCGCGAAAGGCACGUUGCACCCGAACCCGGACGAGGACAGGAUCGUGCAAAUCGAUGGAGUCGAUGUCCGCGUGCACGUUGGGCGACGGGUACAUGCCGAGAACGUGCGGUCGUCCUUUCACCACGACGAGUACCUCGUGUAUGAAGAGAGCCAACAACGCCUGCGCUACAUCAUCACGUUUAAAAUGUAAUGAUCCGUCGUGUUUACUCAAGA